AUGCGUCUCUUCCUCCCUCUCUUUUCUCUCUCUUCCACACACACGCACAGAGAGACAAUCUUUUUUACUACUAUUCCAUCAUUUCUUUCUUCUUUCCUUUCGCCUCUCUCUCUCUCUCUCUCUCUCUCUCUCUCUCUUUUAUUCGACGAAGUUUGUGAGAAAUCGGUAAAGAAAGGCCAGAGAUUGACAUAUUCUUGCUAUGCCUGUUUGAUGAUCAGCUUUGUCACCAUUUUCUUUCUUUUUCUAACCCAUUCUUUCUUCUGUCGCUUGAAGAAAUUCGUCGAAUGUAAAAGUGCAGCUUUACAGUUUCCAUGCUUACCAAAACAUUGGUUUUGGGGAAAUCUCGAAGAGCUAAAGAAUCCAGAUGGGUUUCUUUCUUACACACGGAAAAUGAUGGAGAAAAGGUGUCAAACAUUUUGCUGUUGGGUGAGUUUUCUUUACCCUGGUAUCUCUAUCGCCCACCCAGAUGCUGUCAAAACACUCAUCCGAUCGGCAGAGCCUAAACCGAUGGUUGCACCUGGAUAUGUCUUUGUCCAUCCAUGGUUAGGUGACGGUCUUCUCCUGAGCACUGGGAAGAAAUGGGAAAGAAACAGAAAACUCUUGACUCCAGCAUUUCACUUUGACAUUCUGAAAUCUUACAUCCCAAUAUAUAAUUCUGCUGCAGACAAACUUAUAAACAAAUUAUCCGUGGCGACAGAAAAAUGCCCAGUCAUCGAUGUGAUCCGGCCAUUUUCAUUUGCAACGCUCGACAUUAUGCUUCGAUGUGCCCUUUCUUACACGGAAGAUAUACAAGCCGAAGAGGAACACCAUCCUUACGUGACGGCUGUAACAACAAUUGGGGACUUGUUAGCAAAAAGAGUUGUAAAUGUUUUCCAUUACAGUGACUGGAUUUACAGACUGUCUUCAGAUGGACGGAAAUUUUAUAGAAUGUGCAAAGAAAUUCACAAAUUUUCUGACAUAAAUGCGGCAUUGCCUGUUGUCAACGUGUACGUUGAGGGUAAACGAUGUUCGGCGCUCGUUGACACUGGAUGUUCCCGAUCGAUCGUUAGUGCGGAUCGAUGCGUGACAUGGAACAGUCAACAAAUCGAGAUUCGGACGAUUGACGGGGUGUCCCGGGCCUGUUGUGGUGUCGGGACUGUGUCAGUCCUAACAGACGGAGGGAGUCAUGCCAAAGUCGACGUCUUGGUGGCACGUCAAAGGCCCCUCGGGUACGACCUGCUACUUGGGAUUGAUGCGAUCCGAGCUAGUUUGUUGUUUGAAACCUUUCCUUUCUUGCUCUUUUUUCUUCUUUCCUUCUUUUUUCUAUGUCUUCCUCCCUCCCUCUUUAUUCUUCUCAAUCUUUCUUUUUCUACUCACUCGCUUCCUAUUCCUUCUUGUCUCCCUCUUCCUUUUUCCUCCUUUUUCUUCUUAUCUUUUUCCAUCUCUUUCUUCCCCUUUUUCUCCUCCACAAUCUUCCCUUAUAUACUCUCUUUCUUCUUCCCUUUUUCUUCAACACUGUCUUUCUUUACUCUUGAUCCUCCUCUCUCUCUCUUCUCUCUCUCUCUCUUUUCUCUCCCACUCUUCUUUCUCUUCUUUUGUCUUUUCUUUCUGCUUUUUUAUUCCUCUCUUUCUUCUUCGUUUCCUCUUCCUUCUUCUUUCUCGUCUCCCACCCAUGUUCUUUUCUUUUCACACUAUUUUUUCUUCUUUCUCCGUUUUUCUUCUCUUCCCACUCUAUCUGAUGUUUACCAUGAUUAUAUUAGCAUAAUAUGUCACAAGGUCAUGAGUAAAGCUAAUCCAGAUAUGAUGAAAGGCAAGAAAAAAUUGGACUUUCUUGAUAUCCUGGUGACUGCUCGGGACAGCGAUGGCGUCGGACUGAGCAACCUUGAGAUAAGAAACGAGGUUGAUACUUUCAUGUUUGAAGGUCAUGACACGACAGCUUGUAGCCUAAGUUGGAUGAUGUAUGCAAUGGCUAUUUAUCCGAAUGAGCAACAAAAUAUCUACAAUGAAAUCCAAAAUGUUUUACAAGGCCGAACAGAAGUCACAUGGGAAGAUUUGCCAGAACUCCGAUACCUGACAGCAUGUCUCAAGGAGUCUAUUCGCUUAUUUACAACCGUGCCAAUGAUAUCCCGCAGUCUGACACGCCCAUUUGUAAUUGAUGGCAAGCUGUUACCUGCUGGCAUGACGGUCAGCAUCAAUAUUUAUGCCAUGCACCAUAAUCCCGAUGUUUGGCAGGAACCAGAGGAAUUCUUACCAUCCAGAUUUUUAUCAGAUGAUCCGAAUCCCAAGAACCCAUAUAUGUACAUCCCUUUUUCUGCAGGGCCAAGAAAUUGUAUUGGCCAAAACUUUGCUAUGCAUGAGAUGAAAGUCAUGGUAGCCAAAAUUAUUCAGGCAUUUGAGAUCACUGCCGAUCCUACUUACCAUCCGGAGCCAAUUGCAGAAAUGGUUCUUCGGUCAAGAACAGGAAUCAGAAUGCAAUUCCCAAAAGCAACAGAUCUAGUCAUAUUCAUGUCAAAUAGCAGUCUCCAAAUUUAUCAGUUCAAAGGUCACAUUACACAUUUACACAGGUUAAAGUAA